CAGGUGUGUCCGUGAGUGGUGAUAAGCGACCUGCACCUCAUCGGCGCCCCAUGGGCAGUGUGUCCGCCAGAUUGACUCCAGCGCCUCCUCCGUAAGUGUUCGACGACUAGCUGCUGCACCUGGGACCGACGAGUAUUCGAACCAACGACGGACCUUUGGUGACCUGAAAGAAUCACUGGACCUUUUGUGCUACUAUGCCACACCAAUGUGACCUGUGCAACAAGGAGUUUCAAGGAAAGGGGAACCUUGCCAAUCACAUGAGAACCCACACAGGAGAAAAACCAUUCGAGUGUACAUUAUGCGACAAGAAGUUCGCGCGUGAACAUCAUCUGCACGUACACCACCGGACCCACACAAAAGAGAAGCCCUUUGAAUGUACCCUCUGCCUCAAGAAGUUCGCACGUGAACAUCAUCUGCGCCAACACCUCCGGACCCACACAGGAGAGAAGCCUUUCGAGUGUUCACUCUGCAACAAGAAAUUUGCUGACAAGACCAACUUCGGCAAACAUCUCCGGACCCACACAGGAGAGACGCCUUUUGAGUGUACAUUCUGCGACAAGAAAUUUAAUCAAAAAGGCAACUUGGACAAACAUCUCCGGAGACACACAGGAGAGAAACCAUUCGAGUGUACAUUCUGCGACAAGAAAUAUACUCGAAAGGUCAACUUGGACACACAUCUCCGAACCCACACAGGAGAGAGGCCUUUUGAGUGUAGUGUCUGCGGCAAGAAAUUUAGUGCUGCUCUGCAUCUGCGCCAACACCUACGGACCCACACAGAAGAGAAGCCCUUCGAAUGUACAUUCUGCUCCAAGAAGUUUGCGCAUGACAAGUAUCUGCGCCAUCACCUCAGGACCCACACGGGAGAGAAGCCCUUCGGAUGCACACUCUGCCCUCGGAAGUUUACGGGUGAUAAUCACCUGCGCGUACACCUUCGGAAGCACACAGGAGAGACGCCUUUUGAGUGUACACUCUGUAACAAGAAAUUUUCACAAAUGGGCAGCUUAAACCAACACGUCCGGACCCACACAGGAGAGACACCUUUUGAGUGUACACUCUGUAACAAGAAAUUUGCGUGCUCUGAUACUUUGCGCAAACACCUCCGAACCCACACAGGAGAGAGGCCCUUCGAGUGUACACUCUGCGACAAGAAAUUUGCAGUAAUGAGUAACCUUCGCGUACACCUCCGGACACACACAGGAGAAAGGCCUUUUGAGUGCAUCGUCUGCAACAUGAAAUUUGCAAAUUCGAAUGGUCUCCGCGCACACCACCGGACACACACAGGGGAGAGGCCUAGGCCUUUAAAGUGCAUAAUUUGCAACAAGAAAUUUAACCGUGCUGACCAUCUCCGCAAACACCUCUCAAAACACACAGGCGAGAGCCUUGUUUUGAAUAAAAUUAGCGCUAAAGAGCCUCUUGAACUCACAUCUCCGGACCCAAACGGGUGAGUGUACAGUAUGCUACAAGAAAUUUGCGUGUAUUAAUAAAGCUGUCAUCUCACUGGA